AUGCCACUAAUCGCAAUGGGAGGCCUUAUCGUAAUGAAGUAUAUGUUGGCAUUGUGCGCAAUACUGCUACAUUCGGUAAAAUUUAUUGAGACAUCUGUUUGUGACUACGGAGAUCCACCCGACUUACUGAGGAACAAUGCCAUUGUUAGCUGCCACACAUAUAUGGAAUUCUUCGGAUUCCCACCUGUGAUAUGCCCGCGCGUAGUCAAUGACACCGAAUAUGUGUGGCACCCACAGCCGAAGUCGGUUAAUGACGGCUAUCUCAACGCAUACGUGGGUGACAAUGGCAAGCUUAGUUCCGUCGCUAUUUCAACAGUUGUGAAAACCGAUAGGCAUAUUGCAUUUGUUUCGGUGCAAUCGAAUCGAACACAAACGCAACUGUACUUCGAUAUACCAAUGAAUGAAUUUUUCUCUAUUACCGAACGCCGUCUCAUGUUCAUCUGUGGUCCGAAAGAUUUGGUUAUGAGUGAUGCGUUGCUACGUCACCUUGAGCGCUUCAAUGGUGUCGUACAAAUGUUAGAACUGCCUUGGAGCUCCUCAACGCCAUUGACUCAGGAGAUAUCCAAGAUGGGAAAAGGUUUGGGGAUAUAUUUGUUGCUCAAGGAAUCCAUGCAUUUACCCCUCAAGGGCUGUGGAAGCCGGCCUUCUCCGCUCUUUGAUGCCGAUGGUGAAGUAACAGUAGACCCCGUCACCGGAGUCCGUUCAUGUGUGGUGGAUCCUAUGUCGAUGUCACGUAUAGGAUUUCUUUGCGAAGGUCGGAUUGAACCCAAUGAUUGCAUGAGAUCGCUCUUGGACAAGAAUGGAGGUCUUGUGACUGCUCAUCCACCACACAGAUAUUGGAAGUUUGAUAAUUAUAGGCCUUGGGUGAUUGCGCAAUAUUUUGAGAAGUUGGCAUUCCGGCCAUUCAAUGGUGAGUGCAAGUGUAUAGAUCCCGAAACAGGUCAGGUAAAGGCCAGGAUAGAGAUCCGCUCUAAAGCCGAUUACGUAUGUGAUAUCACUAGUAAAAUAUUCCGCAAUCGUCUGCGUCCCAUCCGUGGCCCUUGGUGUUCAGUGGUCCUCCAUCCGGGUAGCACCUUGACUAUAAGAUUCCCAAUAGAGGAAGCCGAUACGGAGACUUCGGAAGAGGAGUCUCUACCUGGUCUACCCUCUCAAAAUCCGCCUAGAUACUUAUUCAAAACUGAAUUCCUGCCGAAGGACUUGAACACACUGAGACAGCUGACGACAAUUUAUGAUGAUAUUUACGGCGAAGUAAUGUACCACAAGGCAAUCGCCGGUGACGCUCUUGAAUGGGAUGUUUCCAAAAUCUCAGUGGGAGAGAUAAAACUUAAAUACCUCAAAAACAAGCCUCUCGCGUUAAUAAGAGGAUUAAAUUCGUUUUUUUAUUAUUGGACCUUGACGGCAAUAAACAAGUAUAUAUUUGGCGAUAUUCGUGCCAUACUGACUGUAUCCUUCGCAUUCACGCAUUACUACAAGACGGUUGGUUGUGAGCGAGGCGCGCAGAAGGUGUUCGAUCCUGCGAUAAGCAAGAAGCACUGUUCAACUAAACGGUGGGGUAGCGAUAUUGGACAAACAUACGAAUGCACGUACAACAAAAACUCGAAUAUUUUGUGGGCUGGUAUUCACUGCAGGGAGAACGAGGAACUUAUGCCAGGCAACUGUGAGUCAGUGGGAUACGAUCUACAAUAUAAUCGUAUUAUGCCUUUCCGUGGAUCUUUGAGAAAUGCGACGGUAAGCCGUGUUCUAGGGUUUCAGUUAUUAAGGUCCGAUUUUAGAAAUAAUAACCCUGUCAGUUUUGCCUGCGUAUGUGUCGAUCAACGGGGAUACGAAAAAUCCAGGUUAGUAUUCGAACAAAGUCAAUACGAACAUUAUAUGUACGAUGUACGACAGGAAGAGGUGCCCAUCACUUCGGUUCGUCGUAUGUUGGUGCCUUGGCGUGAAGCAGGAUCAUCAAGUGACGGAAUGACGCCACCUGGUUCGCUUAUGAUACACCAUGCACCACAGAGGCCCAUGGUACUAUAUGUAGGCACCUCUUUGGUCUUACGUUGUGCUGUUGCACGUGAUGCGCAAUACGAUGCAAAUCAUUUUGAGAUACGACCGAUCUGGUUGCCACUUCUGCAUGAGUAUUACCAUUAUACCCCAAGAAAUACUACGGAUGGGACAGAGCUUGUUCAUACGGCACACGGCGAUUCAAUGACCACAACUCAAGGUGGCUUUGAAGUCUUUACUAUGAUGUCUACGCCCACCAUUUAUGAAUUGGGGAUCAAAUCGCAUAGGGGCGCCAUCAUAAUAUCUAAGCAUCCAGUAUACAAAAAAUAUAUGCCCAUGACGUUUGUAUGCGGCAAAUAUCCUAAACCUUCAGAUAUCUCCGUCAUAGGUGGUGACGUAUCUUCACCCGCAAUACCCUAUAUCGCAGCAUCCUCGGCGCGAUACACGUGGAAUGUGGUGGAGGUCAAAGUCGAGACCACGGACCCAUACAUGCAAGGCUGCGGCGUCACAUACGCAUCAGACGAGUUGUUCAAGACUGAGACACCCAAGCUCUACGACUCUGAUGGAAAACAAAAGAUAGGUUGCAAGAUUGACCUUCAGACCGCACGCAAGGCUGCAUUCCACUGCCCAGCACCGUACGUCCUGGACCCGCCCAACUGCUUCAGCCAAGUCUUUGUCGAUGGUGAAGUAAAGAGCAUGAGCGACCUCAGUAAAUCAUUAGUGGCUUCUCGAUCCAGCCAUUUCGUCAUCCUGAGAUUCGAUCGUUCCCGAGUCGUAUUAGGUGAGACCCUGCGCCAGACGCCUCCGUUGGAGUGCCGCUGCGUCACCGUCAAGGGGAUCGUUCUCUCCACCAUACAGAUCGAGAACUACUACUCAAAGUACUGA